AGUGAUACAACUAACUAACAGUUAAAGUGGAUUUUACAUGUUUUUUUAGUCCAAUGGUCCAAUAGGAAAAAAUUUCUUCCAUUGUGUUGUGUUCGGUUGUGAGAAAAGAAAGAGAAACAAAGGGUGAGGAAAGAAAAAUAAAAAAUAAAAAAGAAAAUACAGUAGAAAGUAAGUGAAAAGUCCAAAUUAACCCUGCAGGUACUUUAUUUAUGAUUCAGUUUUUAAUCAUGCAGAUUUUGCAGGAAGUCAUUAGUCAUAUCAUCAUAUAUAUCUUUCUGUAAAUACAGUAGUUGAAGGCAUGGAAUGGCUGUGCAUGUGAUAUGGGUCCUUCACCUGCGUAUCAGAAAUCACAUCAAACAAACAAAAGAGAAAAAAAUCCUCCUCUUCCAAAUUGUAACUCCUUGAGCACCAUUAGAUGAGCAUUUAGUUACCACAAAGGAACCUAGAGUUUAUUUGACAGCACUAUCGCUUUCAACACACCAUUCAUGCAAAAUCAAUCCCCACUCCCCACUUACUCUAAGAAUUGAUAUUUAAACUUUGCUUUAUUUGCUUAUCAUUACAAGACAAAAAAAUCCCCAUGCAUUACUUCUCCCACCCUAUGCUAACCAAAGCACACAACUAAUUAACAAAAUGGAGCCUGUGGUCCACACCUCUUCCCCCUUCUUUCUCCACCUUUUUGGCUCCCUAUAAACUCCCUCUUUCACUCACAAUGCUCCAAAAGACAAGGCUCUAACUGUUUUCUUGCUCCAGCACUUUCUUCUUCUUCAUCAUCAUUGUCAGACCACUCACAAUGGAGAUCAAGAGUGGAGAGAGGAGGCAAGUGUCAAUUGAGAAGGUGAGGAGAGACAACACAGUUGAAGUAGAAGAUGAAGAAGAGGAGGAUGAAAGUGUGGUUGGUGGUGAGGGUGGUCUUGCAGAAGAUGAAAGGAAGAAAAUUGGUGGAGGAAGUGGGAGAAGAGGGUCAAGUGGAGUUUCUCCACCUUCUUGUCAGGCAGAGAUAUGUGGUGCUGAUUUGACUGUUGCAAAGAGGUACCAUCGCCGUCAUAAGGUGUGUGAGCUUCAUUCCAAGGCUCCUUCUGUGAUGGUUGCAGGACUGAGGCAGAGGUUUUGCCAGCAAUGUAGCAGGUUCCAUGAGCUGGCAGAGUUUGAUGAAGCUAAAAGAAGCUGCCGGAGACGCUUGGCCAGACACAACGAGCGGCGCCGGAAAAGCAACGCUGAAACUUGCAAUGAAGGAUGCAGUGGCAGCAAAGGGCAGCACCCUGCAGAAACCCACUGCAGAAAUACUGAUGACUGGGGAAGAAUUCAGAUGAACAUUGCAAAGAAUUCUGGCUACAAGUUCUUCCAUAUCAGAUGAAUCCAAUGUGUUCAUCAGCAUGCUCCCUCUCUUCUGUCAAUGAAUCUUCACAGUUUACAUGCCAAGGCAUAUAAUAAAGGCCCCUUUUUUAUGUUACGAGAAUAAGCAUCUAAACCAGAAUGAAAAACUCCCAACAUCUAAAGGAGGUGUCGUAUGUAUAAUACUAGUUCAUUUCCCUUAAGCUCUAUAUUCUAUUUACUUAGUCAGUUUCUUCUGUUUCUGUGUGCCUUGGAAUAUAAGUAUUCUGUUGUGCCACCCUUAAUAUGGUGUACCCCUAUUCCCCCUUGAUUAGAAUAAAAUCCAUUGCUUCUUUGAC